AUGCAACGGAACUCUACACAGGCAAGAGGAAGGGAUAGCAGUUUCCGAAUAAGCACCAAGGACGGCGUACGAAAGGACCAUCAGCGACCUGCUGCAACUGUGGCAUGGUCGGACACUACGCCAGAGAUUUUUGCUCCAGACGAGGGCCAAGGGAGCAUUUCAAGUGCGAAGAGCGACGCGAAGCUGAAUGUCAUCGGACAUGGGACAUUGAAGCUGCGCGUCUGGACAGGGCAUGCGUUGAUCGACGCUCGCCUUGAGAACACACUUCACAUUCAAGAUUUGUUCAAAAAACCGCGUUUGCUCACGGCUGCGGCAGCGCGCGGCAUGGCAGUGAAAAUUACGCGCAACGAGUGCGUGGCGAAGCUUGGAGGCACACCGGUCUGCCACAUUUCCGAAGACGAGACCGAGCUUUGGCAUGGAAAACUGGGCCACGCAUCGUACGUUACACUGAAUGCCAUGGUUAAAGGCGGAAGGAAUAAGGGCGUGGCAAUGAAGUCGGACGUUGCGUGUGACGUGUGCGCAACGUCAAAGCAAGUGCGCAAGUGA